AUGAUUCCCCCAAACGAAAAGAGUGAUUACGAAUCACAUUCUCGGCGCCUAAACCCAUGGGCUUGGAAGAAUGCCAGCCUAUCCUUGCUCACACUAUUGCUAUUGGUUCCAAUAUAUCAGUACCUAAACACCAACUCCUCUACCAACGAGUUAGUUGCAACAACGUCGCCAUAUUCUUCAAUAGAGACUAUUGAAUUGACAUCAUCGGAAAAGGAUGACUUGAAACGACUCGGGCUUACACCAAAAAAACCUAUCAAGAUUGUCACCGAUGAGAAGGGAAACCAAAUCGUGCAUGGCAGGUUUCUUCAUAUAACCGAUAUCCAUCCAGACCCAUAUUUCAAAGAAGGUCUGUCAUUUGAUGAAUUGUGUCAUAGAUCAAAGGGUAAUGCUCACAAAUAUGGCGAUGCUAUUUCGGGAUGCGAUGCACCUAUGGCCUUAAUGGAGGAGACAAUAAAAUGGGUUGAAACAAAUUUAAAAAACAAGAUUGAUUUCAUUGUCUGGACUGGGGACAAUGUACGUCAUGAUAAUGAUAGAAAUUACCCUAGAACUGAACAAAAUAUAUUUGAAAUGAAUGAACAUGUGAGCAAGCUCAUGUUUGAAACCUUUAAAAAGAAAGAUACACCAGAAUUGGAAGUUGAUUUGAUUCCAAGUUUAGGUAAUAAUGAUGUUUACCCUCACAAUUUAUUCAGUAUUGGACCCACAUUGCAAACACGUGAAUUGUUUCAGAUAUGGCAACGGUUUAUCCCACAGCUGCAACUACAUACAUUUAACCGUGGCGCUUAUUUCUUUAAAGAAGUUAUUCCGGGACAAUUGGCAAUUUUGUCCAUCAACACCCUUUACUUGUUCCAACUGAAUCCGUUGGUGGACAAUUGUGACAAGAGAAAGCAGCCAGGAUACAAAUUAUUUGAGUGGUUGGGCUAUGUUUUAAAAGAAUUAAGGGCUAGAAAGAUGAAAGUUUGGUUAACAGGUCAUGUGCCACCAAAUGAAAAGAAUUACGAUUUGACCUGCUUGAGAAAGUAUAUCGUGUGGAUUUACGAAUUUAGAGAUAUCAUAGUUGGUGGUUUGUAUGGACAUAUGAACUUGGACCAUUUCAUUCCCUUGGAUAGCGUGGCUGCCUACAAAUCAAUCAAGGACUCACAAAAGAAACAAAAGUCGAAACAAUUGGAAAUGUUUGAAGUGUUUAAUCAGGAGUAUAAUGAUGAUUUGGGGACUGAUGCCUUGGGAGAAACCACAUUCUAUCAAGCAUUGGAUGCCAAAUUUGAUGAUUCGUUUUUCCGGAUACAAGGGGGUGUGCCUGCGAAUAAAGUUGCAUAUAUGGAAACUGUACGUGAAGAAGUAUAUGCCAAAAUCAAAGGCAAGAAGAAACAAGGUGACCAUGGUGAGAGGUACUCAAUAUCACACGUGGGUAGCUCGGUUGUUCCCACAUUUAAUCCCGGAUUGCGAGUGUGGGAGUACAACAUCACCAACCUUGCCAAUGAAAUGACCAACGUCAAAUUUGAGCCCUGGGGUAGAUUCUUUUCCGAGGUUGAAGCAUUGAUUGAAAAACAGGAUACAUACACUGAUGAUUUCGAAGAAAGCAGCGUGUGGUCGUUUAUCAAACGGGACAAAACUUUCCCACUUCCUAAACCUAAAGGAGCAAAAUUGGGACCAGCAUACAUCCCACAAACUUACACGCCUGAGCGGUAUGUACAAUAUUAUGCCGAUUUGGCCUCCAUCAACAAAGGCAAAAAGGAGUUUGAUUACGAAAUUGAAUACAGUACUGAUGACAGUUUGUACAAUUUGCCAGUAUUGACUGUAGAGGAGUGGUUGAAGUAUGCGAGAAAGUUGGGCAAGCCGGCCAAAGCAAACAGCAUUAAUGCCGAAGGGAAAAAUAAGCACAAGAAGAAAAAGCAUGGCAAGGCAGAGAAAGGUAAAAAUGGGAAAAAGUUGCAAGAAAUGUGGGCAGAAUACUUGAAAAACACAUUCGUUAGCUCGAAUUAUGAAAAUAGUGGAUUGGGUUGA